CUGUGCAGACCUCUCACAAUCAUGAUGCUUGCAGAUUUUCUCCUUCUGUUCCUCCUCACAGAUAGAAGUACCUACAGUCACUCAGAGAAACCAGAGCUCUUUGAUGAUCAACAGAAGUCAAAUCACAGCUUUGGGGGAGGUGGAAAUACCUCAGAUAACUCAUAUGUUUAUGAUGACGAUACGGACCACAACAAAGAUGCUGUAGAUAAGGUGAAAUGCAGUUAUCAGAUUUUGUUUAACCACCUGAACCUGACCAAAAACAUGGAGCUGUACACCAUGGUCCGACCUGACUUCAAUGAGAUUACACGCAUACACCUUCAAAUGUCACUCUAUAGUAUCUUUGAUGUGAGAGAGAUUGACCAGACUUUCAUUUCUUACGUGUGGAUUUAUAUGGGCUGGAAGAAUAAAUACAUUGAGUGGCAUCCAUCUAAGUUUUGUGGACUUGAAAAAGUAGUAGUUCCUAAAGAAUUAUUGUGGAGGCCAGAUAUAAUUAUUGAAGAGAUGACAGAGAAAGACAAGUCCCCCCCGACUCCUUUUCUCACCUUAACAUGGAAUGGUAAGGUUGAAUUUAGGAAUGACCAGGUGCUGGUCAGCUCGUGCAGGAUGCAAAUUUUCAAAUUCCCUUUCGACAUUCAGAGCUGCAACCUGUCUUUCAAGUCUGUUGUAUACUCUGAUAAAGAACUAAAGUUUGAUGUAGACCUCAAUGGUACAAAGAUCACACAAUGGUCUCAUGACUUGAUGCGGACCCAGUAUGAGUGGCUGUUCAUCAACAUAAGUGCUGAAGAGAAAACUGUCAACAAUUUUAGCGACAACCAAAGCAUGAUCGUUUACACUAUCAAAAUGAGGAGGCGGUCUGUCCUCUACAUCAUCAAUUUCAUACUACCCGUCCUGUUCUUCUUCUGUCUGGACUUGGCCUCCUUCCUAAUGUCGGACACCGGAGGCGAGAAGGUUGGCUUCAAGGUCACUGUGCUGCUUGCUGUUACUGUGAUGCAGCUUAUUCUCAAUGAAAUUCUGCCUGCCUCUUCAAACAGGAUUCCACUUAUAGCGGUCUACUGUAUUGGGAUAUUUGGUUUGAUGCUUCUGAGCCUCUUGGAGACGAUUUUGAUGAUGUAUCUGGUGGGGAAAGACUCUGCAUCCCAAGACAAUGACGCCGAUGAAGACCAAAGCCUGAGUGGGGACUGUGGAGACAAACAGGGCAAAGACAGUUGUGAUGGAGAGGUGAAGAAAUGGAAUCACUGUGCCUGUGUCUGUGAUGUGUCUGCUGACGAACCUCCAUCUGAACUGCUGUCUGUGGCCAAAGAGGGUAGCAGCAGCCAACUGAUGGAGUGCAGUGUCUUGGAGAAGGUCUCGGAUGAGCUGACAGCAGUGCAGAAAACAUUGACUCUGCUCCUCAACAGCAGGAAGGAAGAAGGGAAGCCUGGCUACUGGACCAGAUUCACUUUCACUGGUCUGGGCCAAAGAAAACAAUGA